GGCAGGGAUAGGUGUGUCUACCUUUACAGGGGAAUAAGAACCAACCGAUAACACGGAUAAUAUAUAGCAACACCUCACUGUUGACGCCCCAGGAAUGAAAAGGUGGUAGCUGCACCACAAAGAUCUACUGUAUUCGACAACCAAUGGAAUACAUCAUCUGUGCAUGCUGAUGCCACAGCAUUUCUACCCACAUGCAUGCUCUCACACGCAAACACAGACAUACACCUCUGACCUGAUGUCAGAGCCUCCAAAGUGCUGCAUCUGUCUGGACGACUUUACCAGCCCAGCUUCCCUCCCCUGCGGACACUGCUUCUGCCUGGGCUGUAUAGGUGAAUACUGGAGGAUCAACAGGGCCUGUCAGUGCCCACUCUGCAAGGCCUUCUUCCCCACCAGGCCACAACUGAAAACCGACCAAACACUCUAUGCUGGUGCCGCGACUGAGGAGGCAGCUGAGCCUUUAAAAGCUGGAGAGGUUCCCUGUGAUUUCUGCCCAGUGAAGCACAGAGCGGUCAAGUCCUGUCUGGAAUGCCUGGCCUCAUACUGUCCCACUCAUCUGGAGCCACAUUACCAGAGCGAAGAUCUUGGGCGCCAUCUUCUGAUCAGUGUAGUAAAGAACCUGGAGGACUCUGUGUGUAGACUGCAUGGAAAGCAGUUGAGCAGGUUCUGUAGGAGUGACCGGACGUGCAUCUGUGCCGUGUGCACCCAGACAGAACACAGGGGCCAUCACAUCAUUUCUAUCAACAAGGAAGCUGCAAAGAAGAAGGUUAAGCUAAAAUGGAGAAGGGUGAAACUUUGGCAAGCCAUUCAAGAGAGACUGAGGAAAGUUGAAGAAAUGAAGCUCUCUGUAGAGGCAUGGGUGCAAAACAAAGAGCUCAUCAGACAACUGGAGGAGGAAAUCUGUGAGCUGCAGAGCAGAAACACUGAGCUGGAGCAGCUCUCACAGACUGAAGACGACCUCCACUUCCUACAGGUGUGCGCCAUGGUCGAAAGUCAACAUAUCGCUCAAUGAAAUCCCAAUUUAUUUAUUUUUAAUACGCAGUAUUUGUUACAUUAAACACAGCCACUGUUCCUUUAAUAUGCACUCUCUCUCCUGUCUACAUGCCUUUCUUGACACCGAUCCAUCUUAAUGUUUGGACUAAUGUGAUGACUUACCUUCUAGAGCACUGGAAUGUUUUUAGCAGCAUACGUGGGAUGGUGGUUGCUUCAAAGACAUGGGUCAACCUUUUGGGAAAUAUGCUUAUUUACUCUCUGGAGAAAAAAACACCACAUCCACUAAAUAUUAGGGCUACAUCCAUCUUAGUAUAGCAUCAAAUCUAACUAUUAACACAUUGUACUUGUUUAACUUCAAAUUGCCAUUUUGUUUGUACUCCUCAGUGUUUGUGCUAAGUGGCUACUAGCUGUAGCUUCAUUUAGUGGACAGAUAUGGCUGUGGUAUUGAGUGUCUUAAGAUAUCAAAUGUUUACUUUAACAGAUUAAUUUGAAUGUACCUGCUGAGCUGUUUAGCUUUUUAUUUAACUGUGCAAAUAAAAUUUUGUAUAGAUUUUAAAGAAGAAAAGUAAACCUCAAAUAAUAAUAAUUGCCUAAAUCCAGUAGAUGAAAUGAAGAAAAGAAGAAAAAAAAAACUUGAUUCGGGAGGAUUCACUGAGAGAAUACAGUAUGUUGUAUGAUUGUAACUUAUGCAUGGGUGGAUGAUGUAAUGUAUUUCAAGAAAAAUGUGUGGAAAUCAACCUGUGUAAGCACUCAGAAAGGGGGAAAAAAACACAGCAUUUGACGGGAUUUAAGUAACAAUAUUAAAUAAUAUAUAUCUAACCAAAAGUGAGGAAAAUUGACCACCCUGUCCCAAGGUUACAGAAGUCGGUCACUAUUUAUGCUUACAUCAGAGCUCACACCUCUUUACAAGACGUGUGA